AUGCCAUCAAUUCAUACAAUUAAAAAUACUGUACAAAAACAACAUCGUGAGACUUGUUCACCACUUCCUAGAUUCAUCGAACAACUGCCGUUUUUAUUACCAGAUGAUUAUUGCAAAACUACACAAGGUGAACGUUUUUUAUUGUAUGAUGGACGGCUUGGUGAUGUUCGUCCACUUGUUUUUUCUGCUUAUAAUGAUAUGAUUUAUCUAUUCCAACAGGGAAAUUGGUAG